CAGGAUGGCAUUCUAAUCCUCUGUUUUCGGUUUGUGUUCCUUGGUUGUGCGUGGUGACAUAAAAAACUAACAGGGAGCCCUGGUAUUAGCCUGUCUGCCCAGCUGUCAUAUUUAACUGUUUCAUUAUUGCCCUUGAUCUAAAAUUGCCUACAUUUGGUUGGAAGGAAAGCUGCCUUUUAAAAUCCAGCUUGGGUUUAACGACCCACUUUGUCCAGUAAUGUGUCCCGAUGGGAUGCAUUUUAAGAAAUCCUGUACUUCAAUGGCCUCCAUAAUUGGCCCCGGUCCAGUUUCCUGUUUGACGUCAUGUGCUUGCAGUUUUUACAACUGUUGAGCUUUCAAAGUGUAAUCUGAGCUGAAGCUGGCCAACUUCAGCAGCUGCCUGUGAAGGAACACUGCACUCUGCCAUCUCUAUCUUUUCCUCUUUCCUCCGGCACACUCAGACAGAAAACUUAGAAUGAUCUAACUGCUUCUAGUUUGCGCACGGGCCGUGGAGGGCAGGAAAGAGAGAUCAUCGGAAGGGGCUGUUGAGUACUUUGGACCAUGUGUGCUUUUUUAAAAUAAGCGGUGCUAUUUGCAGCAAGCUCUGUGCACCGGAUCCUGCAGACAUCUCCCCCUUCUUCCCCCCCCAGCCCCCCCAGCUGCUUCAAGGCGUGCCGUUUCUGUUCUUCAUUUCUGGGAAACCAUGGACAAAAAACAAGAUCCCAAAGGAUCUUUAGAGCCACCCAAGCCAGUGAAAGGCAAGAAAAAACGGGAUCUGAAAAUAACAUGUCCCCCCAUCAAGCAACCUGUCGUGAACCCAACGCCCCCAAGGAACUUGGACUCCAGAACCUUCAUUACGAUUGGAGAUAAAAACUUUGAAGUGGAGGCCGAUGAUUUGGUGACCAUUUCGGAGUUGGGCCGUGGGGCCUAUGGAGUGGUGGAGAAAGUACGGCACGCGCAGAGUGGCACCAUCAUGGCUGUGAAGAGAAUCCGAGCGACCGUGAACACUCAGGAGCAGAAGAGGUUACUGAUGGACUUGGACAUCUCCAUGAGGACAGUAGACUGCUUCUAUACAGUCACCUUCUAUGGAGCCCUCUUCCGAGAGGGCGACGUGUGGAUCUGCAUGGAGCUGAUGGACACCUCUCUGGAUAAAUUCUACAAGAAGGUGCUGGAGAAGAAGAAGACGAUCCCUGAGGAUAUCCUCGGGAAGAUCGCCGUGUCUAUUGUGCGAGCACUGGAGCAUUUGCACAGUAAACUCUCAGUGAUUCACAGAGAUGUGAAGCCUUCCAACGUUCUUAUUAACAAGGAGGGGCAUGUGAAAAUGUGCGACUUUGGAAUCAGUGGCUACUUGGUGGACUCCGUUGCUAAGACCAUGGACGCUGGCUGUAAACCCUACAUGGCUCCCGAGAGGAUAAACCCGGAACUGAACCAGAAGGGCUACAACGUGAAGUCCGACGUGUGGAGUCUUGGAAUCACAAUGAUCGAGAUGGCCAUUCUCCGCUUCCCCUACGAGUCCUGGGGCACCCCCUUCCAGCAACUCAAGCAAGUAGUAGAGGAGCCUUCGCCCCAGCUCCCUGCGGAUCGCUUCUCAAAGGAGUUUGUGGACUUCACGGCACAGUGCUUAAGGAAGAACCCUGCCGAACGAAUGAACUAUUUAGAACUUAUGGAACAUCCUUUCUUUACCUUGCACAACACCAAAGAGACUGACAUGGUCUCCUUUGUGACAGAGAUCCUCGGGGAAGACUCCUAACUCACCAGCCUCGCUGCCACGUACGGUCACUUCAAACCAACGUCCUGGCUUCCCUGCACAAGAGAGAACGAGGACUCAUGUUCACGGUGGUUUGCACAAAUUGCAUCUCCCUUGCCUGUGUUCAUCUCUAAGCCAGCCGGGCGUGGGAGCACUCUGGUUUUUAUCACCUGUACGCUGAAAGUUACACAAGAAGGACCUUGGAAAUUGACACAGUGCCGUUACUGACUAACCCAUGGGACCGAGUGGGCUCAGGAGAUGAUCUGCUGGGGCCAGAUAUUCCUCCUCAGUUGUGUCAGGAGAACCAGACUCCUGGUAUCUCAGUUGAGGAAUCUGCUAUGCCUGAGGAUGGGGCGGGGGGAGUGUGAAAGUGCCCUCCCCCAGUACCAUUCUGGUGCGGCAGUGAAGGGUCCAGAGAAUAUUUGCACUUGCUCCCUCCAUUGUGCAGCAGAGCCAAGAGAUUCUUCUUGCACUCUCCAGUGUCCUGUCCCUGCCUCUCCGAGGCCUGGAGAGGUGGGGAGGGGGUCUCUUCCUGAGCCACUGGGGGCCAGAGGGUGCAUGGGCUGCCUCCAUCAGAGUUCAGUCUUGUUCUGCCUUCCCUCAAGCCCUGCCCAGUACCCUGGCAGCAGGGAUCCCACAGGGCUCUGUUCAGAAAGGGGUCUGUGGAAAUCUGUGCACAGCUGCAGUUUGCUGCCGCUUGUGGAAGAGGUGGCGGGGGGGUGUCAUGGCUCCAGGAUCAGAAGCGCGCGGCUCUCCGAGGCUGCUCCAUGGCUGAGGUGCCGCUCCCUCCCCAGAGCCCUCUUGAGGCAAACCCACAAACAGGUCAGGUCACCCUAGACUGUUACAAUGACCCCACUCGAAAGCCUGUUCAGACAGUCCCAGCUUGUUCUAAGCUCCUGCACCCAUGCUACCUGGGCGUCUGCGUUCCCGCCUCGGAUCGGGGACCGGCUUCCCCACUCACACCGGCCAGUGCACCCCUGUCCAACGGACACAGGCCCAUGGCAUUUGGGGAGAGGAUUCCACGUGCACCCCUCCCCUCCCCCAAUAAACCGGGCUGGGGUUGGCUAGGCAGUUAAGCGGCCAGCUCCCAUUGGCAGUCAGUGAGUUAGGUGCCAAAAUCCCACCCUCAGCCUCUAUGAACAUCUGAAACACCCCUAUGACUCGUCCCCCUUCCCCUCUGCCCCCUGGGGUUGGGCCCUCCCCCCUGGAGCUCAAGAACUGACCCAGCACUGUGACUCUUGUUGGUUUCUGAGGUUGCUUUAAUACCGACUCGGUCCUGUGUUAACCAAAACCAAACCGAUGUCAAGCCAAUGAUGUGUAGAGGUGGUGUCGGUAAUUGUACAUUUGAUGUGUGUAUAUAGAAUGGACUUUGUAACUCAUUUCCUAGUUUUAAUCGAACUAGCUAUAAAUUAAACCCUUUCCUUGUGGGAGGAAGAGGGCUCCCCCUUCCUUAACAAAUCCACUGUGAAAACCGGAUGAUGGGUCCCCGCUCCGACAGCCAUAGAGGCCUUUGAACCGGCCGGGGAACGGAGGAGUUACCUGACUUCUGCUGUAUGUGAUCACAGAAUGCACAUGCCGUAUGUGGAUGACAUUUUUAAAAUGAAUUUUCUGAUUUUUUUUUUCCUUUCCAAUACAUAUUUUGUGUGUGUGUGUAUGAGUGUGUGUGUGUGUAUAUAUAUAUAUAUUUUUAAAUCACUGAUGAACGUACAAAUGUAUAUGUGGUUGGUGAAUGCCAGCAACUUCCUGCUUACAUUUGGGGUGGCCGGGAUGGGUCACAACAAGGCCUAAGAAUUGUGGGGCGAUUUGGGUUUUGUUGGUAAAAAUGCAUCUUUUUGAUGGAACCUCUCUAAAGACCCCUCUUGGCACUUUGUACGUGGGAGAUCUGGCUUUCGGGGUGCAGCUCCAUUGACUUGUGCUCUGCCCCUUUAUAAACCAGGUGCCCUGAGUUCAUGGCUCUUGUAGUUUUGCUGCAUAGUCAAUCUAAGGGCUUCUCGAGAAGGGGAAAUUGACGGGAGUAGCUCCCCUUGUGGAGACUCUAUGCUGGAAUGAGCCACUUUUUAUUUCCUAAUAAUUAGUGCACUUCCAGAGCAGAGCAGUUAUUCCAGGGUAAGUGGACUGUACUGGAAUAGUGUCCACAGCGGCGGUUUUAUUGCAGAACUGCUUAUUCUGCAAUAGCUAUUCUGGUUAAUGUCCCAUUUUAGACCAGCCCUUCCACAACCAGCGCCGUUUAUUGACCGGAGAUGGCCAAGCCCUGCUCCGUUCUGUGGUUCAAGUAAGAAAGUGAUUUAACGCUUUCAGCUGCUCCUUCCUCACCCACUCUGCAAACCACCUGGAACUCUAAUGAGCCUUGUUGUAGAUGCAACUCUACAGGCUUGGGACUGCCGCGCUGCACAAUUGUAUUUUUCCUCGUUGGUUAAUUGGGAUUGUUUUAUUUUGACUUUGAGCUCUUUUCCCUCUUUUAUUUUCUCCCCGGGUGUUGUGGGGAUUGGUUAUCAUUUAUUGUGCGGGGUUUGGAUGCCUUUCACCUCGCCCGAUAAAGCCCUGGCUCUGGUUGGAUUCCAGCUCUCCUCCUGAUGGCCUGGGAAGGGCUUUCCUUCUGCCUUUGUAUGGGGGGAGCAAAUCUCGCAAGCUGUGACUGACAUAAUGCCUAGGUAUUGUUCUGCCUGCCUGCACCGGGCGUAAAUCUCGCUCUGGGUUAUUUCAGCUUUACCGUUCCGGUAUGUGCCCUUGUUUUCUUCCGCUCCAAGGCCUUUAUUCUUCUGGCUCUGUUGCUUUCCCUGCGAGGAUUGGUGGAAGCACUCCAAGUAACUGCUUGGAACCCCGCGGAGCUUGGAGAGAGAGAGAAUUGUUGCCGAGGGAGAAGGCCCUCUCGCCUUGUGCUUACGAGAAUGGUCUGUAACCAUUAACUUGGUCAUUGUUUUCAAUAAAAUAAGCCCCCAAAC